AUGGCUACACCGGAAGAGCCCACUCCCGCCAGCUUGGAGGGUCAGCAGAACCAGGCCGAAGCGCAAACGGAUCACACGCACCCACCUGCUACGGGGGACGUGGUCGACCUCACAGAGAAACCCAAAGAGGAGAAGAAGAAGAAGAAGAAGAAGACUUCAAAGGCGAAGAAACGGGGUACUGGAUUCGAAGAAUUCUACUGUGACGCCCCGAUGACCCCGGCCGAACACAGUCAGGAAACGGAAGUCAUUUACGCUCCACACCGGCCGUUCGUCGACCGCAUCGAAGAGUGCAUUCAACGAUUCCGCGCCCGGCGUCGCCUCAGCUCCGAGCGCGAGUACCUGUUUUCCCGCUACCUCUACCUAGGGGGCAUCGACGCCAGCGUCAGACAGUUUCAGAGUACUCGGAACAUUGAGAAUGACGCGCUGGAAGAGGCCAGCAAAAGCUCGGUGCGAGAGAUGACGGCAGACGAUGUGAUCCAGCGAGGUGGAGAGGGCAAUCAUAACCCGCGCUACUUCAACCCAAACUACCCCGAGCAUUGGGAUGUUGACUUCACUGGCGUUGUUACGGGAUAUCUAUCCGAGCAUCUUCCGCAGUUGGCGGGAGGUAACUACAACCAGUUUUCCAUGGGCGUCGAUGUCAUCCUCAACUUUCUGAAGUACGUCGACCGUCAUGAGGUCUGCCCAGAGUACGCCGACGACCUCAAGAAAGCCCAGAGAAUCUGCAAGCAAGCGCUGGGCGAAAUGCCGGCGAUUACAGAACUUACCACGCUGCUCCCUGGCCCAUUCAACACGGCGUUGGGCAUAUUGCACAAGCCGGACCAGGGCAAAGACACUAGCGACUUUGACACUUCUUUCGGAGGAGAGAAGCCUAUGGAUCACAAAACGGCCAAGAUCAUAUACGCUGUGGCACUCUCGACCGUGAUGGGAUCUAAGCAAACGAUCAUUCCCGCUGAAUCCUCCAUAGUCGACACAAACGAGAUGACCAUUGAAGUUCGUGGCAUCCAACGCCCGAACGACGCCACGCGCGCAAAGUAUCAAACUGUUAACCGGCAUCUCACCGGGUACCCGGACAUGCAGCCCUGCGGCACGAUCACCACUCGUCCGGUUGUUGUCCGUGAUGGGUGGGACAACUCCGCCACUGCUACUAUCCCACCCGAGGCGGAUAAAGACCACAACUUCAUUCUCGAGGAUGACAUCUUACGUCUUCUCAAGCUGGGCAUGACGUUGACCAUGACUGUACACACGCUAAGCUCCGGCCUCGAGUUCAUCAAGUGCAUCCGGGAGAUCCGCCCUACGUACUACUUGUUCCUGCCGCAGGAGCUGAUGUUGCAGUACAAGGAACCGGUUCCGAACGAGCGCCCCGCGAGGAGCAUUUAUGAUGACGAGGAUGCGGGGGGGAUGGAUGGACCUCAGGUGGACGAGAAGGAUAUUUGA